AUGACUAAAGGGAAUGCUAAUGGCAUCAAGUUGGUGGACACCAGGGCUACUUCUAAACAUCUUAGAAUGUACAAGUCACCUCCCACAACUUCAAGUUAUCUGGUUCAAAGUGUCAAGGCAUCCAUCUUGAGCUACGACGGCAGCAUGUACAUGAAGAUCAUCAUGCCCAUGGUCAUGCACACUGAGGCAGAGGAUGUGUCCUUCCGCUUCAUGUCCCAGCGAGCUUAUGGACUGCUGGUGGCUACUACAUCUAGGGACUCUGCGGACACCCUGCGCUUGGAGCUGGAUGGGGGGCGUGUCAAGCUCAUGGUUAACUUAGACUGUAUCAGGAUAAACUGUAACUCCAGCAAAGGACCUGAGACCCUGUAUGCGGGGCAGAAGCUCAAUGACAAUGAAUGGCACACCGUCCGGGUGGUGCGGAGAGGAAAAAGCCUUAAGUUAACCGUGGAUGAUGAUGUGGCUGAGGGUACGAUGGUGGGGGACCAUACCCGCUUGGAAUUCCACAAUAUCGAGACCGGAAUCAUGACAGAGAAACGUUACAUCUCCGUUGUCCCAUCCAGUUUCAUUGGCCACUUGCAGAGCCUCAUGUUCAAUGGCCUGCUCUACAUUGACCUGUGCAAAAAUGGCGACAUCGAUUACUGCGAACUGAAGGCUCGUUUUGGACUGAGGAACAUUAUCGCUGACCCCGUCACCUUCAAGACCAAGAGCAGCUACCUGAGCCUGGCCACCCUCCAGGCCUACACCUCCAUGCACCUCUUCUUCCAGUUCAAGACCACCUCAGCGGAUGGCUUCAUUCUCUUCAACAGUGGUGACGGCAAUGACUUCAUUGCAGUUGAAUUGGUCAAGGGGUACAUACACUACGUGUUUGACCUUGGGAAUGGUCCCAAUGUGAUCAAAGGCAACAGUGACCGCCCCCUGAAUGACAACCAGUGGCACAAUGUCGUCAUCACCCGGGACAACAGUAACACCCAUAGCUUGAAAGUGGACACGAAAGUGGUCACUCAAGUUAUCAAUGGGGCCAAAAAUCUGGAUUUGAAAGGUGACCUCUACAUGGCGGGUCUGGCCCAAGGCAUGUACAGCAACCUUCCAAAGCUGGUGGCUUCCCGGGAUGGCUUUCAGGGCUGUCUGGCAUCAGUGGAUUUGAACGGGCGCCUGCCAGACCUCAUCAACGAUGCCCUCCAUCGGAGUGGACAGAUCGAGCGUGGCUGUGAAGGACCAAGUACCACCUGCCAGGAAGAUUCAUGUGCCAACCAGGGGGUCUGCAUGCAGCAGUGGGAAGGCUUCACUUGCGACUGCUCCAUGACGUCAUAUUCUGGAAACCAGUGCAAUGAUCGUGAGUACAACCUUUUCCAUACUUGGGAGUUUUAUCAGUGUUUAGAGGUCUGGAGAAACCUUAAGGGACAUUAUGUAAAAGGAUGGCUCUUCUGA